AUGUACUUGUUUGGGUUUUUUAUUUUUCGGAAUUUUAUUUUAGUUUUUAUUUUAAUUGUUAUUUUUUCUGCUUUUGAUUUUUGGACGGUCAAGAAUGUCUCAGGGAGGUUUUUGGUUGGGCUGCGAUGGAGGAAUGAAAUAGAUAAUGAUGGUAGAAAUAUAUGGGUUUUUGAAAAUGCUAAUCUUCAAAAUAAACAAAAUUCUACUGAUUCCAAGACUUUCUGGCUUGUUCUUUAUUUAGUACCUAUUAUAUGGGGAAUUUUUGGGAUUAUUGCUAUUUUAAGAUUUAAUUUUAUAUGGCUGGUUACAGUGAUUAUUGCUUUUUCUUUAAGUGGCGCAAAUGCAUUGGCAUUUACAAAGAAUGAAAUAUUUUUAUCUCUUAUAUUUUUAUUGAUAAUUUUAUAGAUGCAAUAGAAACCAAAAAAAUAA